AAAUCCGUCACGUUCACGGAACUCUGGCGUCAUUUCCGCAAUAGUAUUACUAUUGUUACUGCGUCGCUAUCCGGCAACGAACGACACCGGCGUUACAGUUCUGUUAAUUUUAUUGGUUGAUACAGCACAGGCAACUAUGGCUAACGACAUGAUCGACAGCAUCACAAAGGUUCUGGUGCAAUCCGCUAAGGUGGUGGAGGAUCAGGUGGAUGCGGAGUUGACCAAACUCACUGAAAUGGAUGAAGAUGACUUUGAGAAAAUGAGGGAAAGACGACUAGAGGCACUGAAGAAAGCACAGAAACAGAAACAAGAGUGGUUGUCUAAAGGACACGGAGAGUACCGUGAAAUUUCUAGUGAGAAAGAAUUCUUUGGCGAGGUCAAGGACAGCAAGAAAGUUGUCUGCCAUUUCUACAGAAAUACCACCUUCAGAUGCAGGAUCGUGGACAAACACUUGGGCCUCCUGGCAAAGAAGCACAUCGAGACCAAAUUCAUCAAACUCAACGUGGAGAGGGCGCCCUUCUUGACCGAGCGGCUGCGCAUCAAAGUCAUCCCCACCCUGGCGCUGCUCAUCGACGGCAAGUCCAAGGACUACGUGGUCGGCUUCGGCGACCUGGGGAACACUGACGAUUUCAGCACCGAGAUCCUGGAAUGGCGACUGGGCUGCGCCGAUGUUAUCAACUACAGUGGUAACCUGAUGGAGCCGCCCACAUCCACGCAGAAGCCUCACUCCAGGUUCACCAAAGUGGAGAAGAAGACCAUCAGGGGGCGGGGCUAUGAAACAGAUUCUGACGAUGACGACUGAGGGACUUUGACAGCCGUCUUGGUUUCUCUCUCUGGGCUACCUCUUUCAUAAUCUCUCAGCCAGCCCUAUUUUCUUUUAUUACUCUGCCCUUUACGAUUUGUUGAAACGUUUUCAUGAUAAAUAGGAAGUUACUUCAAAUCGUCUUUCAGGCGUGUCUACACAGCUUGGUAAGUGCGUUGUGCCAUCAUAGUAAGGAAUUUAAUUCUCUAUUGCCUAAAUAAGUUUUAUUUCUUGACAUCAGGCCUUUUCACACACAAGUGAAAAGAUAAUCGAAAGAUUGUUGGUUUUGCCUAACGAAACAACAGUUUGGAAACUUAAUUUAUUAAAAACAUGUAUCAAAUGCUGUGGAGGUACCCAGUACUGUGAAGGGAUUAGAAACCUUGAAAUUAAUAUUUGAUGGAUGGCUUGAACUUUAACUGAGUUCUUGCUCAGAAAGAGAAAAGAGUACUUAAAGUCGACUGAGAAUUAUUGAUGAAUACUCUGUAGGAUUAAAAUCUUAGUUUUUGGUCAAGUAAAAUAAAAAAAUGAUUUACAGUAUUUAA